CCACAGCGGCAUGAUAAAAGACGCCGCUCCGACACUUUUUCUUACUCCCGGCGACACAGGAACAUGGCGAAGGUGGCACUGGCGGCGGCGGCGGUGGUGGUGGCGGCGGGUCUGGUGCCUGCUAUGGCUAUGUGGCCCACCACCAGCUACUACAUCGACUUUGUGGUGGCCAAGAACUGCUUUGGCGAGGAGGCGGCGAUGGAGAUGGAGCGGAUAGGCAUGCAGGUUGGGAAGGCGUGCUGGAUGAAGGAGUGGGAGGAGACUUUUGGCUUGGCAGAAGGACCCAGCAACGGAAGGGCCAAACGGAAUAUCCUGAAGAUGCCGACCCCCGCCUCCAGGAGUCUGUUGCUCUGUAAUCUACGGGCCCUCAACGUGCUGACGCCCAAGCUCGAGAUGAAUUACCCGCUGGUGGACGCCUGGAUCAGCGCCAACGUGACAGACGCCGAGGUGCGCGAGGAGCUUCUGCAGCUGUCCAAGGAGUGCCAGCCUCGGCCCAUCCCCGUGGCGCCGCUGGAGGCCAUGAAGGCGGGGGGCGUCGGAGUGGGGAUGCGGCAGUUCCACGUGUAUAUGGAGUGCAUGAACGCCGGCGGCACUGCCAUCUGUAUGAACAAGGAGAUGGAGCGCGUUAAGGCCAAGUGGGACAGCAUCAACUACCCGUGAGGCGGCAUUGGUCCAGCUGGGUAGCCCCGCCGCGCCAGCGUUCCCAAAUUAUCGUACCCAGCGCACUGCAUUUUCCUAGUUUCUGACUGAUAACUCUAGCAAAAAACAGCGACAACUAUCACUCUUUAACAAUUUCAACGAUAACUUUAAUUUUCUAUCGUUGGUUAUGUGGUUACGACGGUCUUAGAAACUAAAAAUGAUAAAUGCAAUGCUCAGAGUACGACAAUUUGACAACGCUGCGCCGCGCCCUGCCACCACCGUCACCAUAUUACCGUACUCACCACCUUGUAUUUUCCUUUCCUGACCCAUAACUGUUGCAGAAAAAACAUAACUAUUGCAAAUAAAACCGGUAAUUAACA